UGAAGGCCCAGGGCCAGGCCCACUGUAUUGAUGGCAACCUGGACUUCAAGCCCAUGUUGACAAAAAAGCCGUUUACUUGGGGGCAGUCAUGAGUGCAUGGGGAAUCUCAACUCCUCACGCCUCUUUAUUUUCCCCUCUCUGAUUGCCCUUUUCGCGAGAAAAAGCCCCCCUUUCCCUCCCUCCAAACACCCACUCCCACAUCCCAUUGCCCAUCCACUCGCCGGAGAAAUCUGUUUUCCGGUACUGUCUCGGGAAAUGGUGUCUCCGGAAAACACCAAUUGGCUCUUCGAUUACGGCUUGAUCGAGGAUAUCCCCGUCCCAGAUGGGAGCUUCCCUGCUCCAGCUUCGGGCUUCUCCUGGCCCUUGCAGGCCCUGAACGGUUCUUCUAAUCCCAGUGUUGAAAUUGAUGGCUCAUUCGGGGAUUCAGAUGGCCCUAAGGAUGGAGGCUCAAAAAAGAGGGUGAGAUCUGAAUCUUGUGGUGCAUCUAGCUCCAAAGCAUGUAGGGAGAAGUUGCGGAGGGAUAAAUUAAAUGACAAGUUUUUGGAGCUGGGUUCUAUACUGGAGCCUGGUAGGCCUCCUAAAUCGGACAAGGCUGCUAUUCUGAUAGAUGCUGUUAGAAUGGUGACUCAGCUGCGUGGUGAAGCCCAGAAGUUGAAGGACACAAAUUCGAAUCUCCAGGAGAAGAUCAAAGAGUUGAAGGCUGAGAAGAAUGAGCUGCGUGACGAAAAGCAGAGGUUAAAGGCAGAGAAGGAGAAGCUAGAACAGCAAAUAAAAGCCAUGAGUGGGCAACCCAGCUUCCUGCCCCCACCUCCUGCCAUUCCUGCUGCAUUUGCUGCACAGGGCCAACCUGGUGGCAACAAGUUGGUGCCUUUCAUUGGUUACCCAGGAGUCGCAAUGUGGCAGUUCAUGCCGCCUGCUGCAGUAGACACAUCGCAAGAUCAUGUACUCCGUCCUCCUGUUGCCUAAGCUGGUCUACUUCUAUUAUUUGGGUCUGCAUCGUGCCCCAAAUUGUUGACUCAUUGUCAUUUCACCUUGUUGCUAACUAUGCUAGCUAAGCUGAAGUCACUACUUAAUGCAUUUGUUGGGUGACUGAAGAAAUUUGCUACUGUCAAAUUUCCAUGAAUUUGUGCUGGUACUUGCCUGUAAAUUUAAAUAAGUUUGAACAUGCAACUUAAUGCUCCUGUUUGGGAGUCUUAAUAGGGGUUUUUCUUGA